AUGAUAGGCCGUGUGCUAUUUGAUAGUGACACGCCUGGGGAGUCUGAUGCAACCUCAGGGAACUCAAGUCUUGGGCUUCUGCCAACGGUUCGCCGAGCAGUGGCCGGUACCACGAUCGAGGAGGAGGAGGUUGAUGAGGCAUCCACCGCCUCUACAACCGGUCCCUCAGCAGCUGUGUCCACAGUUGAAUCGGCAGCGUAUAGGCCAGGCGUAAUUAGCGCCGGAACAGGUAAUGGAAGUGCAAAGGCAGGGUUUAACAAUGGUCGGCUUUGCACCAUGGCUGACCUCUCUCGACUCAAUCCAAGUCUGGCUGCAGCAGUGGCUCAAAUCUCAGGUGAAACAGGCACUUCAACUGCAGACCUGGUUGCAGGUCUGGCAGAAGUACGUCGAAGGCCCACUGAUGCUAGAAAUCGCCUCAGACGUUUGGGCGGUGUCGGCAGCCCCUCCGGACAGUCCUCGCACGGCCUCAGUUUGACCCCCACUUCCAAAACUAAUACCGCCAUUGCUUCUGCUGGUGCUGGAGCCGGGCAGGUCGGAGACUCCGCUUCGGCUGGCAUAUCAAAGCGGCUUUCUUUGCCAGCUAGUAUGAAUCUGCCACCACACCUCUGGCCACGAGCUACUAGGUUUCUCGGCGAGACGAUGACACGUCGAGAACGCAGGCUGUCUCUGGUAAGCCAAUUUGCUUAA